AUGAGUAUUGAAUCUUCGAAAGAACACGAUAUGCUGGGUCCCACAUUAUCCGCAAGCGAAGCAUCACUGCAACUUCAUCAAAGCCAUGUGCAGGAGCCCAAGUCCAAGUUUCAUGAAAUUGUCUUUAUUGGCGUCGUUUGCUCCGCGCAACUGAUGACACAAGCCGGUUUAGCUCAAUCUAUAGCUCCUCUUCACAUUAUCGGCCAAAGCUUUGGGGCUACAAAUCCCGGACAGCUCAGUUGGUUUGCCGCAGGAUACUCGCUCACAGUGGGAACAUUCAUCCUGAUAGCAGGCCGACUUGGGGAUAUUUAUGGACACAAAAGGUUCUUUGUUCUAGGAUUUCUGUGGUACGCGACGUGGUCAGUUCUUGCCGGUUUCAGUGCAUACUCGAACCAGAUAUUUUUCGAUUGUUGCCGAGCAUUUCAGGGCAUAGGGCCUGCAUUUAUACUUCCCAAUGCGAUUGCAAUACUUGGCCGCACUUAUGAGCCAGGUAGAAAGAAAAAUAUGGUGUUUAGUCUCUUGGGCGCCACAGCGCCGGGAGGUUUCGUUCUUGGGGCCACUUUUUCGUCUUUGCUUGGUCAGCUAUUGUGGUGGCCGUGGUCGUACUGGAUAAUGGGCAUCGCAUGUUUGUCUCUUGCAACUGCUGGAGUCAUUGUCAUUCCCCACACACCAUCACCGCAAAGAACGCAAAGUAACACUUUUAAAUCCGCGUGGGAACGUGUCGACGCUCCUGGGGCUAUCACAGGAGUUAUCGGACUUAUUUUAUUCAACUUUGCUUGGAAUCAAGGCCCAGUCGUUGGCUGGCAAACACCUUACACGUAUGCCCUUCUGAUCGUUGGUUCCAUCUUCUUAUGCGCAUUUUUUUACCUUGAAUCUCGCGCGCCUUUCCCGUUACUUCCCGUCGCAGUGCUCACCAAGGAUACAUGCUUCAUGUUAGGAUGCGUAGCCGCAGGGUGGUCUAGCUUUGGGAUUUGGAUUUAUUACGUUUGGCAGUUCAUGACUGUAUUAAGAGAACAAACGCCGCUACUUUCAAGCGCUCAAUUUGUACCAGUGGCUUUAAGUGGUUUAUGCGCGGCCAUAACAACAGGCUUUCUCUUAAGCCACUUACCACCAAGUGCUGUGAUGCUAGCGGCGAUGACGGCUUUUACAGUCGGAGGAAUAUGUAUUGCUACAGCCCCCGUCCAGCAAACAUAUUGGGCCCAAACUUUUGUCUCACUUAUUGUCAUGCCUUGGGGAAUGGACAUGUCAUUUCCUGCCGCAACAAUAAUUUUGAGUAAUACUAUGCCUAAAGAGCAUCAAGGUCUUGCUGCAUCGUUGGUGAACACUGUAGUGAACUAUUCUAUUUCUAUUGGCCUUGGAUUUGCAGGAACAAUUGAGUCUCAAAUUAAUGAUGGAGGUGCCAAUGUACUAAAGGGGUACCGUGGCUCGUGGUAUAUGGCAAUUGGUUUAAGCGGCCUAGGUAUUGCAGUUGCUGUAACGUAUGCGGGAUACACUUACACGCGAGGGAGGCAGAGUGCGGGGGAAAGUCUCACUAAGGCCUAA